AUGAACGCUAUCAAUUUCGUUCAACAGCAAUUGCGUUUGCGCCAUGCCAACAAAUGCGGCUACAUGCUCCGCGCCUCAAUUUCAUCCAAGAUAGGAGUGCCAUACGAUACAGUCGGAUGUGGCUUUUCCUCAAUACUUGCCCCUCCUAAUCGAACUCAUGUCAUUGUCAAGAUAGAGAAUAAAGGAUCUGCCGGAAUGCUAAAUUUUGUAAUGGAUUUGUUUUCGGAAUGGGAAAAACGGAGAAAGGAUUCAAAAAUCGCGGGCUUUAAACUGCAGUCACACUUUGCCAUCCGAAUUUCUAUGGGAUCCUUCGAAAAUGAUUUAACUGUCGAAAAGUCUGGUAUAUAUGGCACUGCAACUGAGGUGAUGCAUAUUGCGGAGACAACCUGCUCAAGGUACGAGAAAUUGGAGAAUACUGAAAAAAUAGCAGGCUACAAGAACUUUACUUGUCUUGUAACCGGUCCACACCGUGGAUAUUUGAAAGGAGUCUUUUUCAUGCAUUUCGAGUCGGAUGAAACAGAUGCCAUCACAAUAACCAAGGAGGCGUUGGAAAAGAGAAUCAUAACGGGAAAUGGUUACGACAUCACUUCUUUGUUAAUCACAGUCCUCAAUUUUACAUUUUAAUGUUAUUGGAAACAACAAGUUCUUGUGCCUAUGUAUGGUGAACAUAAAUUGUUUACUUAUUGAAACUAACCAAAUUCCUUUCCUUGUACAAUGCGUAUAUUUGCCUAAUGUUAUCGGUUGUUGGCUUAUUGUACCCAGCCAAAAUACUAUCUAAGUGCUAGCACAUUUGCUCACAGCGUAU